UUUGAGGUGUGCUGUACUCCGCGCGCUGCCCUGCACCCCUGCCUGGGCUCUCACUCGCCCAGCACAUCAUCCCGCUUCCGCCUCUGCUUGAUGGAGAGAAAACGAAGGAUGAACAAGAUGCUGAUUCCUCUUUUCACAACCCUGCUGUACUUCUCAAUGGCGGGCGCCCUCCUGUGCCACGUGUGUGUCAGACGGCAGCCGAACAAGACGUGUCUUGCAGGGAAAAGCAUGUGCAAGGCAGGUCCAGGGGAAUCCUGCUACCUCCAGACACUCCUCCUCGGGACCUUCCCCCUUUAUUCACAGCAGGGCUGCUUCAGAGAUUGCCAGGACCAAGUUGGAGGUACAUUCAUCCAUCACGUCUUCCACUGCUGCACUGAAGACUUCUGCAACGCCUAGGGGCCAUGCUCACCACCUCACUUCCCAUUCACUUGGGGGGC